CUCGUUUCAUUUCUUCUUUCCUUUUUUUUUCUUUUUUUUUUCUCUUGAUUAACAUUCAUUCAAAUGAAUAAAAUAAAUUCACAAAAUGCAACUUUAAAUCACAACAAUAAAGACUUUUCACCACCGCCUGUACUUUCAGUCUCUAUUUCAUCUGACAGCAACAGUCCAAUCAAAGAACAAUUCAUCAUGAAAGUCGACCAACAACAACAACAACAACAACAGCAGCAGCAGCAUACUUCUCAACAUACCAAAUUGCCAACGCCCAUUACACCUACACAAGAUUUUAGUUCAUUGUUUGGUCAAUUCUCGUUAAAGACAGUACCUUCCAGUCCAUACGAGAAUCCCAAGACAUUUACCUGUCUUGAAUGUGGUCAAACAUUCAAUCGGGCUCAUAAUCUAAAGUCCCAUAAAGCAACCCAUUCAGCCACAAAACCAUUUCAGUGUAAUGACUGUGAAAAGCAAUUCUUGCGUCUGCAUGACUUGAAACGACAUCAGAAACUACAUACAGGUGAAAGACCCUAUCAUUGCCCUGUCUGUAAACGAUCUUUUAGCCGAUUAGAUGCAUUGAACAGACACCGAAAGACAGAAGGUGGGUCUGCUUGUUUACGAACAAGCCAUCAUAAGAACAAUCAUUCACCUUCGAUGUUGAUACCAUCCAUGAUAACACAAUGGCAAGUUAAUACAAAACUACCCCCUCCAUUUCAGACCAACAAUGCAUCCUCACCACCAUCACUUUUAUCAUCCUCUUCUUCUACUUCACCACCACCACCUACUUUACCUUCAUCACCUCCUUCAUCACUUACAUCUUUACCACCACUCAUUCUACCUUUUAAUCAUAACCAUGAUCAAGAUGAAAUUGAAGCGCUCAGACAACGUAUUCAUGACUUGGAAAUUGAGAAUCGUGUAUUGAGAUCAUUGCUUUGUAACAAAGAUGAUGAUGAAUCCAGUAAACCAAAAAGACAAAGAUCACCUUAACGUAUAUGCCCACCAAAACUUAUUUUUAUGCUUUACAUUCCUUUCAAUUUUAUGCUUAUGGACUUUUUUCAAUUUAAUAAAUAAC